UUGCCUUCUUAAGCUUUGCUGUGUUGUUUUAUUUGUCAUGUCCUGUUUAAAAAGUUAAGAGUCCAAUGUGGACAUUUGUGAAAAUAAAAGAUUUUCUGCCAAACGAAUGCUUUAUUUACGACAAUCGCACACACUUUGGCGAUACAUGAGCGCAAGGAUAAUGAAAAGUUCUAAACAGAAGCUGCUGUUUCUAUGUACUCUCUGUGUAUUGCAUGUGGUGUACGGUGAAAUUAUUUUACGAGUGGAUCCCUUGGCUCUUCUGUCAGCCACAUUACGAACAUAUCAAAAGGUGGCUUGUGAUACAGAUCAGGUAUUAAUUGCUUGCCCACGAGGGACUAGUAUUUCUAUCGAGUUCGCACAAUAUAACAAAUUUAUAGCGAAAGAUGGCGUAAGCAUUGAUGAGUUGUGUCCUGCUGAAGGAGACAUGACUCCAAUUCGUUCAAAAGCAAAACAUUUGUUGCGUGGCUCCACAUUUGGUUAUCCCACGCAACAAGUAGCAGCAACCCAAUUCGCCACUGCCGACUAUGCUUUAACGCAAAAUAAAGGUGACUUAACAAAAUCGAAUUCAAGCGCAAAUGCUACAUCAGCUGAGAUGGGCAAAACCGACACUGAACAUAAUACACCGGAAAACUGUAUGUGGCCAAAUGCUUUACAGUAUUCACUACUGCAGGCUGUAGUUGAAGCAUGUCAAAAAAGAAGGCACUGUAAAUUUAAUGGAACCCCACAGUAUUAUGACGCGGAUUCAAGCGGAGUUGGCGAAAAUAGUUACGAUAGCAAUUAUCACAGUUCCAGCACAGCAAAUACAAAUGCGGUUGAUAUGGAUCCUUGCCCAAAACGAAGAAAAAUUGUUGAAGUAGCUUAUAAAUGUCGUCCAUAUGAAUUCCGCAGUAAAGUGGCCUGCCAUAAUGAUGCCGCACAGUUGGAGUGUAAUCCUUAUUCCCGAAUUGCUGUUUACAGUGCUACUUUUGGCCGCACUGAAUAUGAGAGCAUACAAUGCCCACAACCACAAGGAGUUAGGGAAGAAACGUGUUUAGCCUCGAGGGCUACUGAAACAGUUAUGCAAAUAUGUCACGGUCGCCGUCGGUGCAAUAUAGCUGCCAAUGCUAAUACAUUUGGUUCGCCCUGUCAACCAAAUUCACGAAUGUAUCUCAAAGUUGUUUACACAUGUGUACCCAAGCAAGUGCUUAAAGAUCGUUAUGAAUCGGAAGUUGAAGUCGAUGAAGCAGAAGACUUUGAUGGGAAUAUCAAUGAGUUGUAUGAUGAUGAUUUAAUUUAUAAGGAAUCGCAAGCAAUUCCAAAACUUUAUAGUAACGCUACAGUCAAUGUUGAUAGGAUAAAUUUUUCUACAUCUGUAACGACAAUAACAUUAGAAGCAAACGACUCCACAAUUUUUCAUAGAGAUAUCAGUGAUGUUAAUCCUGUUAUGACGCAUAGCGGAGAUUUAACUCUUGAGGAUGACCAGGAGCGGUUGUAUAUUUAUUUAUUAGUGAGUGCAUCACUGGGUGUAAUUGUUUGUAUCAUCAUUGUUGGACUUAGAGUAUUAGUUCAAAAACGUCAAGAUUCAAGUCAUGAUACACAAGCCCCUAUGUCAGUUAAAACUACUGGAGGAGGAAUUUCCUGUGCUGAAACAACAAUACCAAAUGGAUUCAAUGACACAAUUUCAGAGAUAGACACUGAUAUCGAUUUAACAACUCCAGUUGCUGUAUCAAGCGUAUCUAACAAUGAAAACUACAUAACAUACUGUCCUUCUGCGAGUUUAUAUGGUCCUUCAGUAAUGUCAAAUAUGACAUCUACAGUUGUCUUACAUGGAAGCGCAAUUGGAUGUCCAACAACUGGUCUGGUAGCGAAUCGAACCCAGUGUGGACUUCGACAAUCGCCUGAUGUUAUAGGAAUCUCGACAAGUACUCACUUUACUACAAACACUUCAAAUGCAGAAAGGCAAACAAAUGAAGAUGCAAUACUGGCUCCUGCAAUUGUGAUUAGUGGUGCCAAUACAUAUGUCAAUAGUGCAUGCGGCAUUAAUACUAAAGAUGCAAUUGUACCAACGCUGACGCAUUACACUACUGUACCGAGUUUUCGUCCAGAUUACAUUAUUAGUUCAGAUAAAGGUAUUCCGAGACCGCCAAAUACAACAAAUCUACAGAAACCGAUUCAAAAUAUAUUCACAAAUCAACAAUUGCAACCACAACAUCAACAAAUAACAGGACUAUCAAAUACCAACCCAAUGUCAUCAACAUCAACAGUCUGCAUAAACCCGACUGCCUCUCUAUCAGUUUUACAACAACAGCCAUCAUAUGAUGGGACAGCACCACGCACUCUUUCUACCGGUGUACCAGUUGAUUCACAAUUCUAUUACGGAUGACAGAAUCCAUUGAAAAAUGAAAAAGUUCCACAAAUCUUGUUAACACCUGUCGUACAGAGUAAUCGAAAAACGGGGCACAUUAUUGAUUCAGCAGAAAGCAAUUGUGUUUUACAAUCUUCUCAAAACAAAAUGGAAUCAUUGUCACAAACUAAUAUGAACGACGAUACCCACAUUACCCAACCUAGUCUAACUUUAGGAAGAAAAAGUAAACAAGAUUCUCAACAGAAAAUAACAAGUAAUGAUAGUUUGAAACGACGCUAUUGUUUCUAACUUCAUAUGAAGAGGACUAGUAAUAUAUUAUUAUAUGCGAAAUGGAAGUUAUUAGUUUUUUAAAUAACUUAGAAGUUGUAUUAGAUGUUGAAAAAAAUUGACAUGUUGUGCAUAUGAGUACAAUGGUACUUUGACUUCUUAGGGCAAACAUUGGAGUAACAGUGACAAAAUGUUGUUUAUAAAAUGUAUUUGUCUUAUGUUGCCAACAUAAUCACCAGACACAUUUCCAGACUUUAAAUAUAUAUUUUUUUUUUGGAUUUUUUGAUUUUGAAGCGGUUUCUUUUAUAUGAGAGUAGUAGAUUGUAUACAUAUAUAACUGUUUAUACCGUGUUUGCUGCACGGGAUACUUCAUCUAUUCCAGAGUAAUGUUAAUUACGGAUAAAUAAAAUUGGGGGUAUUGUACCUAAAGAUACGUAUUUGAUGUUCGACUUAAGCUAUAAAAUUGGUGUUGUUGUGAUUCCUCACAGAAGCAAGGGUUCGUUUGUAAACUCUCAAAUAAAAGGAACGAAUGGUUAGCAAAUUUUAUAAUUCCGAAUAAUUGCAUACUUUAAGUUCAAGAUGAUACUUACCUUUAUGAAGGUUGUGAUAAAAAUUUAAUUAUUAAUAAUUAAUUUGAAAAGAAAUAUAAAUAAAAUGAAAUCAGUUGUUUCAAUUGGGGAACAAUUUUGCUCAACUGAUAAUUAUUAUGAUGCACUUGCCUUGUUAUGGUAAGAAAAAUAAAACUACCGAGCAAUAAACUGCUAAUUGUUGUGAUAUACAUUGUGACUGAAAAGCUUUCGGAAAUUCUCAUUUAAAAUUCGCGCGCUGUAUA